AUGGCUCUGUCACCUUCCGCGAAGAACAUUCUAUCCUGGGCCGCCGUUGCCAUCGUGGGUGCUGCUGUGCCCCUGGGCCUGUCUUUGCUGCAAGUGUCCAUGUGCGACAUCCACGAAGAGGCUUUGCUGCAGCACGAGCAGUCCAACAAGUUGAGAGAAGAAAUUAAAAACAUUCAAAGAAAACAAAUCUAA